AUGGUACCUAUAUCUAAACAUUCUCAUUCAUUUGUUGGACCUUCAUUCAUGUUUGUCAUCAAAUCGCUGACGAGUGCAAUUAAAUGAUGAGGCUCAGUUCUAGAGUCGGUAAGGGCACGAUUAACUACUCGAAGCUCAAAGUGUUAGUGAUAAGGCUUGGUGAGCAGUGAUAACAAUUUAGGAACGAAGCGAUAAAACGAUUCUUUUGUUGAAAUCGCUGCGUUUCAAUUGAAUCAUUGAGCAACGCGACCAGCGCAAGAUGGGUACGCCUGACAACGAUGCUGCCUUUGAUCGGAUCAUGGAAACCGUGGGCGAUGAUGGACCUUUCCAGAAGCGGUAUAAUAUUUUCUUCAAUGUCACGGCGGUGAUGUUUGUGUCCAUGACUGUGGUGAACAUUCUUAUUAUAUUGACGGUACCGGAGCAUAAUUGCGUCGUUCCUGGGAGGGAGCUGUACGGAGUGGCAUCGGAAGAAGAAUGGAAGAAUUUAACUCUUCCCAGAGAACUUAACAGCCGCGGGGAGCUCGGUUAUAGUGCAUGCCGUAUGUAUAAUCUCUCAGUGUAUCCGGUCGGUAUCGGUGCGGACAGAUUGCUGUUCCGUGAAAAUCAAACCACAGAAUGCAUCCACGGAUACGAGUUUGAUCGGCAAUAUUUUGACCGGAUUCCAAUUACAGAGCAAAACUGGGUUUGUGAUAAAGAGCUGCAUGCCACAAACAUUUUUGCAUUCGUGCGUGUUGCCGAAGUUGGUGGGACAUUUGUGCUAGGACAGCUUGGUGAUCGGGUAGGCCGCCUUCCUGUGUACAUGAUCAGCAUUGCCACAAUCACCAUUGGACGAACGCUGGCAGUGUUUUCCGCUCCACACUACUGGCUGUUUGCGGCGCUAGCGUUUCUAGGGAGUUUCUCCUCGAACACAGCAUUCCAGUCGCCGCUGAUCAUUGCGAUGGAGAUAUCGAAAGAUGAAAACCGCGCGGCUCUCUCCAUGUGGCAGCUGUUCGGUUGGACUGUCGGAGUUUGCCUGGCACCCUUGGUUCUCUGGUGGUGUCGGGAUUGGUUUUGGUUCCUACUGAUCACUUCUGUUCCUUGUUUGAUGGUUUACUGUUUGCCAGAGUAUAACAUCGAAUCACCGCGAUGGUUAGCUAGCCAGGGACGUUACCGCGAUUGUAUCCGUGAGUUGACGAAGAUUGCCCGUAUCAACGGAAAGUGUUUUGAGUGUACGGAGGAUGAUCUACGACAGCAGGUCCCACAGAAGGAGGUCGAACAAACGUAUGGCAUAGCGUCACUAUUCAGUGGACUUCAUAUGGCCAAAUUGACCGGUCUGUUAUUGGUCGGUUGGAUCUGUAACACAGUACCAACAUUCACGUUAUUUCUGCUUAGCAUGCAAAUGGGUGGAAAUCCAUUUUUAAAUUUUUUCUGGCAGGGUGCCAUUGAAUUACCAGCAUACUACUGCGGUCAACUGCUAAGCGAUCGACUAGGGCGACGAUUCACCAACAGUGGAGCUUUCCUAGGAGUGGCUCUAUCGUGCAUUCCCGUAAUUUUAAUUAUUCAUCGCACUGGAACCGAGUUUUACUCAACGAUUUUCGCAGUCAUCAUCAAGUUCUUCGUUUGCAUCACCUAUUUCACACUAUAUUUGCAAUCGUUUGAACUGUACCCCACCUCGCUGAGACAGACGGGAACGUCGUUUGGCAUCAUAAUCGCAAACGUGUUCGGAACUUUAGGACCAUAUAUAGUGUUUCUGGGAACCAACUAUGACCUUCGACUGCCGUUCGUUGUCAUGGGUUUGAUGGGCUGCCUAGGGCUAGUUGCGUCGCUUUGUCUACCGGAAACCCUGUAUCAAAAGCUGCCGGAGACUAUGGAGGAGGGGCGCCGCUUCGGCAAGAAUCAACGAUUUUGGAGUUUGCCGAGGAAACCUCGAAAUGAUGACCGGAGUGAGUCUGAAGUGCCGAGCGAAGAGAAAAGACUGAACCGUUAGAAGCCGAUUUAUGAAUCUCAAUCCAAAAUGAGUACGAGAAACAGAUAGGCAAAAAAUUAUAAACAAAUUAAGAGAAUUGAUAUUUUUUGAGAAUAAAAAAAUUGUAUGUCAUAUCCAAUAACAAUCCCCGCAUACAUUAUACAUACAUGAUUUUCGAAGUAAGUUUAUUUAAGAUGCUAGAUUUGCAAUAAUUUUGUAAUAAUGCUAGAUUUGCAAUAAUCCAUUCAACUGUCAAAGGUUCUUCGCAGGAAAGACUGGAUAAGGAAGCCCAGUGGAGUAAGAAAAACGAGAGCCAGUUUUAAUCGCACCCUUGAAAAAUUGGCAAAAGUUACAUAUUUUAGGUAUUUAUGUCAUGUCUUAAGUACAUUACGUGUAUAGUUUUUACAAUAUUUAGAAGGAAUUAUCCCUAGAACUGGCCCUGGUUUGUCUUACUUUGUCGGACUUUCUUACUCAAUCUUUCCCUUCUAGAUAUCGGUAAAUGGCUCAUCAUAUGUUAAUCACUGGUUCCUAUCCGUACAAAUUCCGAAAAAAACUCGAUGACAAUCGGGUUAACGAUCCAGGGGACACGAACAAUCGAGAACUGUAACCUUGUGAGAUGUUAAACUUGUAUACCUACUACUCCAUAGAGCGACCAGUUUGCACCUGACACGAACUCGUAAACAUAAAUUCACGUAUAAAUCUGCCAGGACAAUGCAAAAUAAAUGGUCAGUACGUUUGGUUAGUCUCGAGCGAAUAGGCAACAUUACCGCUUCACUGUUCUGAUGUUGCGAAAGCGAAUCCACCGGAGUGUCCCCGUAACACCGAAAAACUUUGCUAUAAUUCACGUGGUGGCACUAGCAGGGAGGUCUUCGCACCAAGAGGAAUAAAUAUUUUAUAAAUACAUUUUAUAAUCAUUUUAAACUGCAUUCAGCGACGUGGCGAAAGUUCACAACCGGCAUCACAAACAGAAUGCCUUUGUGUGUGGCGCAAACCAAAGGGCGAAGUGUGGAAAGAAGAAUGGUAUACUUUCCAAGUUUGCAUAAUUUACAUUCCAGGCGAAGGAAAAACUUUCGCAUCCAACCCCAUACCGUUCUUUGCUCAAGUGAACAUUCCAAACAUGAAGUGACGUGUGCUGCCUGGUUUGUAGGUUUCUGGUGGAUUCACAGUUCCCGGUACACAUGUGUGGAAUAACCGAGGGAAAAGGCAAAAAUAAAUAAAAAGAGAUAACAGUUGAUCGCGAGAAAAUAACUGCACCGGAAACCGACAUGUUUUUAACCCCAGAACCUGUGGCUGAACUAUAUUUGCCAGUCUGCUCGGGAUGGUGAACCAUUGACUAGCAUAUGACCCAAAGGGUGAAAGAGCUAGAGGUUAUAGAAACAAAUAUUCGCAAUUUUAUGUGACCAAUGUUUUUUGAAUUGUUUGAAUAUUUUGUAUUGGGUGGUGUUUACAGAUCGGAAAUUUUCUCCGCUUGGUUUUUAUAUAACAGCAUAUCCGCGGGAAAAUAUAUGAAACUAUGGCUGCCAACUUUAUUUAAAAUGCUGAGAAAAGGUGUGUCCUCGUAUUCUAAAAUAUAUCAGUCGCGAGCUUGCUUUUGAUGGUUCAAGCGAAUCUCGAACACAGUGGUCAUUUGUUUUUUUGUAAACCAUGAGGUUCAGAUUAUAAUCAUUUUCGUAAUACUCCAUUCGCGGUUCACACUAGACAAGUGUAAGCUAACGUGUUUGAUAGCUUCUGGUUGUUGUACAUCACGCGCUGGAAAUGAAAUGUAUAAUGCUCUAAUCGCUAAUGAUUAAAGUAGCACAAAUUAAGCUUCAGCAUAAAUUUGCAGCAACUGUGACUGCAUGCUGAAGAGCUCAAAGAUUUAGAUUUAAAAACACUAUUUCCAUAAAAAAAAAAACUUCUACGUUGGAAGGAUACUUUCAUCCGUCUAUGGUGUUUUCAAAAAAACUGCACAUGGAAUGUCUCCUGCAUACAUACAUAAUUACGAGUAUUUCUAUUGGCGCGUUUAUCCGACCAACUCACGAUUUUUUUUCUGUCACAGACAAGUUGAUUGUUGUUGAUAGUAUAGGUAGGAAAUAAGUUUUUUAUUCGGCAUACUCUCCAUCAAAUAAAUCAUCAAUUUCCGAUGGUUUAAAAGGACUCAAAUGGAUUUCCUCUCGUAAUCGGAAGUGAUUAAAUUACCCAUGUCAUAACUUGAGGCAACUUAGAUACCCAAUUUAGAGGCUCUGAACUGACGAACUACUGAUGGAAUACUGAACUAACGAGAAUUGGCACAUACUCAACGUAGGAUUUCUCCUACCAUAUUUGUGAUCGGGGAGGAAAGUGCUUUAUUCCGAAAGUAUUACGCAUAAGUUGGUGAACGGAAUCCCAGUCAAACUUCUAAAAGUCGUGAGCAACCGGUUGUACGAAGCAAGCCACUGUGUGUUCGGCAUGAUCUUGGUGGAAAAAGAAAUGCAUUUGUGUUGGUUGGACGGCCCAUAUGCCUUAUCCACAAAAAGAACCAAAAAAUGAAGAAUACUAUUGAGGAAUAAUGAUUCGCAAUGCUACAUAUAAGGUACUAUCCCGUAUUCUGUUUAGCAGUCUUCGCCAGUUUGCUAAACACUUUACAGAUGAAUACCAAAACGGGUUUUGCGAAGGGCGAUCAGCGAUGAACCAGAUGGUUACUCUGUGACAAGUUCUGGAUAUAUUUCGGAAAUACAACAUGCAGACUCGCCAUCACUUAGUGGUUCAGCUUUGAACAAAAGGUGAACCAAAAUCAAAAAUGUUUAGUAUUGGUUCAAAUAAGAUAGUAUUAUGUAAUAUUGGCACGCUAAAUUCGUAUUUCAUGUUAAAACAUUUACUAUUCGUUAGGGAGGUCCAAAAAUAUUUAUUUUCUCUGAAACGAUUCAUAUUUUUUGCAUAAUUAUUUUAGCGCGUUGGAUCGUUUUUGACAUUAAAACUUAAAAAAACGUUUCUCAUUUGGGCACUUCGAAAAUAAUUAUUUUGUCGUGAAGGUUUAUACAUUUUGAAAGUAAAGCCUGUUCGCUGAUUUCCUCCAAAACUUCAGUACUUGUAAGGGUGGCUCAAAAAUAAGUAUUUUGUCUAAACUGGUCAAACUAUUUUUCGAUAGUGAUUGUGGUAUGCUCAAUUUAUUUUUAAUGGCGAAACGAAUUAGUUUACAUCUCAUCAUGGUACUUCAAUAAUACUCAUUUCGUUUUACGGGUCAAAUAAGACAUCUUUUUCCUUUUUUAAUAACGACUAAGAGUGCGUCAAUUUUUCUUUGUUAAUGCUGCAUUUAAUUAGCAAGGGGCAGGAAGAUGUGAAGUACUUUUCAAUAUUCAUAGUACUCAAGGAAGAGCAAAGAGAUGAAAGAAGAAUGUUUAGAAAUGCGUGGAACAGCGUGACAUGAGCAAGCUUAGAGUCGCCCGAUGACUUAACCUUUUGUCUUCUACCGCAGGAGUCAGGAUGUUAUAACAUUUUUAAAUGCGAAUCACAUGAGUCUUUAGCAUGUACGGACAAGCAUAAAGUACUUUAUGCUGUUGUAAUCAGUUAAUAAGAUAGUAAUAUGCAAUUAUGGCACGCGUGUUUGAUGUUAAAACAUUUACUAUUCGUUAGGGAUGCUCACAAAUAUUUAUUUUGUCAAAAACAGUUCUUAAAUUUUUUGUACAGUUAUUUUA